AUGUCGACCUUACAAGUGUCGAGGCGUUAUCGCUCGUCGACUUCGGCGUCGUCCAGAUCGUCCAGCGCCGCCAACUCGAAAGCUCUCGAAAUCCUGCGCGGCCUCCUCGAUACACUCACGUCCAGCACGCAACGGCGAACCAACGAUGGAUAUCCCGAGUUUCCCGUGCUCAUCAAGAGCCUCCGCCAGAUUCGACAGCACAUUGCCGCAACCGAACCCCCGAGCCCGCCCCAAGACGAUUUUAGGCACCUACACGGGUUUAACAGGCUCCUUGACGUGCUGAGAUCCUACUCGGGCUUUUACAACCCCCAAUGCCGGACCAAAGAAGAGAAAGAAGGUCUAUUCGGAUUGCUGGAAGCCGUCUUGGACGUCUUUGCCGCUGCCUUUUUGGAUCAUCCAGGGAACAAGCGAUACUUUCGCCACAGGGUGGAAGGAGGCGGAUGGGAGGCUCUCGAGCAGACCAUUGCCAGCGUUGGCCUUGGCGGAAGCGACUCUGAUCUGUGGACCAAUUGUCAGAUGUUUGGGAAACUGCUGGCAUUCUCGCUCGGGGACAAGACUAUGGAUGCCAUUUGCCAGUCGGUUGCAACAAGUGCAGAGCCGAAGGACGAAGAUGCCAAGAAGACGACAAAUCCCGAGGAGCCUCCCGAAGAUGAUACUCAGCAACAAGAAGCGCAGCCAGUCUCAGAACAAAAGGAUAUAAUACAGGAGGUGCGCGAUGCCAUGCAGAAACGGGCUGUCUUCAAAAACCCCGAAAUUCUGCGUGCUGUCGUAGGCUUCUGGGAGUCCAUCCCGCGAGCGCAGGACAUGCCGGCCAACUCUUGCUCAAUGGUCGUCUUGGAGAUCAUGUCAAGCGCAGUUUCCGUCUCGAUGUUCAACCUCGCAGCUCUCCACGCAACCGGAGUAUUGUCACGCUUCCUCCGCGUGCUGUUCAGCCCCGUCGCCAAACUCGACCAAGCAGAGAAGGACAAGCUCCUCAUCAUGUGCAAAAAGCUCAUGUACCUGGGAUUCAACCAGCCCGCCGACACCCAAUUCUUACUGACGAGCACAUUGCCGGAAGCCUCAGAAUUCUGUUUGGAGAUGACUUCGACGUACAGCGGCCCUCCAUUCUUUCAAUUCGACCUCUCCUUACAUGGUCACUCGUCCAUCGAAUUACCCACCCUCGGCCGGUCUUUUCCUCCCAGCUCGUCGCCAGGCUACACCUUUACGGCAUGGAUUCGUGUAGACCGUUUCGACCCCAACUCACAUACGACCCUCUUUGGCGUCUUUGAUGCUAGUCAGACAUGCUUUCUCCUCAUGUACCUUGAGCGAGAUACACGCAACUUCAUCUUGCAGACCUCAGUCACUUCCAGCCGGCCAAGCGUGAGGUUCAAAGGGAUGUCAUUCAAGGACAAGCAAUGGUACCACAUUGCCCUUGUUCACAGACGACCCAAAACAAUGACUGCCAGCAAGGCCUCACUAUACGUGAAUGGGGAGUUCGUUGAGCAGAUCAAGUGUGCAUACCCUUCGCCGCCACCUCUCGCCAAUGCUAGUACCGAAAGCUUCGCAUCUUUUGCUUCGACAAAUGCAAAGCAACAUCCUGUUCAGGCAUUCUUAGGAACUCCAAGAGAUCUUUCCAGCCAACUUGGCUCCGGACUGGUCUUCUCGAAGUGGUCGCUGGCUUCAGCACAUCUUUUUGAAGACGCGCUGAGCGAUGACUUCCUAGCCGUUCACUACGGUCUCUCCCCCAAAUACCAGGGCAACUUCCAAGAUAGCCUAGGCGGGUUUCAGACUUAUGAGGCCUCGGCCAGCCUAGGGCUACGAAACGAGGUCUUCCAUCCUGGAAGGGAUGAGAGUUCUGAUAUCAUAAGAGCCAUCAGGGACAAGGCUGGCAGCCUUCUCCCAGAAAGCAAAAUUCUUCUCAGCAUACUUCCGACAGGUGUCUUCAGAGAGGAUGGCGUUUAUCAAGAUACUCAACUUUACCGUGCACUACCUCGACCUGCAGCGACGAAUCUCAUCCAAAUGACCCAUAGAAGCGGUUCAGCCAUUGCGAUCAACGCUGCUCUGCCAUGCCUUCUGGAUGCAUUGGCGCGAUCCCAAGGAGUGGCUGUUCUAUCUGGCAAUCCAGUGGUGGUAAUGCCCUCCUAUUUCGACGACAACUUCUGGCGCCUUGCAGGCUUCACCCCUUUGGCUCUGAAGAUUGUUGAAAGGGCGACUUCAGUAGAAGAAACAGUCCGAGCAGUCGAGAUGACGUUUUUGUGCAUCAGAAAGAGCUGGAGAAACAGCGAGGCAAUGGAGCGUGAUAAUGGCUACGCUAUCCUCGGCAUGCUCCUCAGAGCCAAACUAGGCUACACUGUCAACUUGGGUGUUGACAGCGCCAAUCUACGCCUACCGAUUUCAAGUGAAGAACGGGACAGAUUGAGUUUCCAGCUUUUGAGCCUUGUCCUCGAAUUUGUGGGCUAUAACCAUGCAGAACCUUUGGAGUCCUUCAUUGUCAAUCCUCUGGCGUACCGUAUCCUGCUUAUCGAUUUCGAUACUUGGAGACGAUCAGCUUCCAUUACCCAGGAGCUAUACUACAAGCAAUUCGUGACAUUCUCAGUGAAGAGCAAGUAUCAUCAAUUUAAUAGCAGAAGAUUAAUGCGCAUGAGUGGGUCGACCCUUAGAUCAAAGUCAUCGGCACUGCUGACAAGCGACAUGAAAGGAAUCGUCAAACGGCUGCUCGACGCGAUGAAAGCAGAAUCGAUAUCCGAGGAGGUGCAGCCACACUUCAUGGCUGCUUUGGAGCAACUGGUCAAAUGCAACUACACAGCAGAGGUGCACAGGUCACUAGCUUUGUUCAUCACAUAUGCCUUCCACUCACCAACAGCCUCUCUGAUAAGGUCGCCGAGACCUGUGUCUACCACAACCCGAACUCCUACGACCGGAUAUGCCAGACGGGCAACCUUCGACUCCAAUAGCUCAUCGAAUACGUCCCCCUCCCGGUUCCUGACAAAGAAACAACUCGGUGCCAAGAUUCUGGGAAUGUACUCGAACCUGCUCUGCGAAAAGGGCAACCUGGCCAACAUCCGCAAGUUUGCAAGGACAGUGACGAACAAGGUGAGACCACCGUUUGGAGAAAAGGAAAAACAGUUAUAUUUAUUGAGUAUGGACCAGUGGCUGCUAUAUCUCUUGGCCAACGACGACCCCGAAACGGUAGUAUAUGGCAGCAAGAUCCUGGCCAGACUCCUCAUCACGCACGGCUCCACGUAUACGGCCAAGUUCUCCGGUAAGACUGGUGGCUUCACCAUCAUGGCACAUCGACUUAAACGCUGGUGGCACAUUCCCUCUUUGUGGCCAAUCUGCUUCAGCAUCUUAUUCGGACUUGACGUGGCCAACGUCGACUUGGAGCGCACCUUUGAGUUUUCAAGCUUAUUUGAAACCUUUGGAAGAGCUCGCGUUCUCUACCCUGAAUGUCUCCAAGUCAUAACUUCAAUGCUACAACAUGGCUUGAAGGAUGUCAUGAAGCAUCAGGAGGACCCAAAUUCCCCUCAAAAGUCACAUCACCUCCAGGCAAGCGGAUUCGAAGGCUUAGAAACCCGGCCACGGGCCAAAUCCAUGGAGACCAGGGGCCUCGAUGCGAGAAAGAAUGGCCCGCGUGACAGCGAGCGGAUAUCAAAUCACGCGCCCAUGCUGCUAACGGUUAUCCGAUUCCUGGCAGACUUGCAUUCUCGGUCAGCCGACUUCAAGGACUUUGCAUUGACGUCCGAGUAUGUGAGGUAUCUCUUGUGGGCGUGUUAUCCCAUCAUCGUUAGCACCGAUGCCGUCACGCCGGAUACGGAGCUCAACUCUCGAGAUUCAGCCCUGACAUUCGAGGGCGGGGAUGUGAUGAUUCGCCCACUGGCCGGCUCUCAGCCUGGCCCCAUCGUGCGGACGACGAGCACAGACGCAGUUGCUGCUUUGGCAGGGAACCCUCGUGGAACACCACUACGGAAAGCAUCUGGUUUUGUUCUGCUCACCAACCAAACAUCACCUCAAGCCCCAAGCCCGGUCCGGUUUGCACCUGUCAUGUCACCGAAGAAGAAGGUCGCCUCUCAACAGUCAAGCAGCGCCACGCUCGACAGCAUGGUGGAUCUAGUCAUCAGUGUCUUUAUAGAACAAGUCUUUACGCGCAAGGAGUUCCCGGGAUUUAGUCUUUUCCUCAAAAUUCCGCCAGGCUUCCAGGAGCACCAAGCCUAUUUCGAGUCUUUUGUUCUUAGGAAGACACUUCAACAACUUGGAAGCCAUGUCCAAGCGAAUCAGAAGGUUCUUAGUGAGCCUAAGAUUCUUACCAAUAUGGGGAGACUUGCGGCACACAUCACCGAUACCAUUUUUGAGGGCUGGUUUAUUAACGGUACUGAGCCCAUGCUAGAGUUCGCUGGCAUGGUGCUGGAGUACCUUCAACGGCCCGAAGUUUCGACGCUGAAGAGCGUUCGCUUGUGCAGUCAAGCCGUUGGAACCAUCCGUCAAUCAUUCUUGAAGCUUCUUCUCUUGCGGUUUUCAGAACUGGACAACCCAGACACGCCGGAUGCCAGCGCAAAGGAAUUCAUGAGUAAUAUUCUCUACUGGCAAGCCCCGAUCCUGGGCUGCCUUGCGAAUGAGGAGGAGUACAUGAAGCUUUUCUGGUAUCAAUUGUACUCGAAGCUCGUGGAUCCCCGAACAUCCAUCAGAUCUGCCGCCGCUACAAUCAUGCGCAUCAUGCUUGUCCAGAAACCCCAUGAAUCCAAGGUGCUAUUCAGACAAUGUGUAGCACCAGACCAGCAGCACUUGACGAAAGAUUUCGUUGUUAAGCUCACCGAAAUUGACGACGAGGCUUUUAUCGAAUGGGUGGAUCAACACCGUGCAUCACUUGAUGCAUUCUUUUUUGGUGGCAUAUCAAAGAUCUGGGAGGAGUUCGUCGUCGUCGAAAACCAGCGAACGGUUGAUUCGGCUAAGUUCCGAUUAGCGAAGCGCAGAGAUCGACUUAAAGGAUGGCAGACGGAGGCACUUACCGUGGAUAAUAUCCUCCUCCGUCACGACAUGGCGAACGGGGCCUGGAUGAAGAGCAUCUUUACUAGCGAGCACUUCAAGCAUCAACGUCUGACACAAGACCAGCAGGAUGAUAUGGCAUUCCUCGGUGCAGCAUUUGUCAAGAUGGAUAACGAUCUGCGACGCCCAGGUGCUGUAUUCAGUGAGCAUGCUCAGCUUAAGUGGAAGCUUGAUCGAACGGAAGGACGUAAUCGGAUGCGUCUGAGGCUUCUGCCCGACUACUCCAAGAAGCAUUCGAACUACCAACCGAAGAGAAGAGCAGGAGAACCCUCCACUCCUUCAGCCCUGAAGGUAAACACUGCUAUGGCUCCUGUGCAGAUUGCACCAUCACCUAUAAAAUCAGCUACACCGGCGUCAUCACGUGUACAGCCUAUCCCGAGCCUUGAUGGCGCAGAAAACCCCGAUACCCCGCCAGAUGUUGACCAGGACGCGGAGGUAAACGAGUCCGGCGUGGGUGCUGAAGAAGAUUUCGAGCUUGUUGACGAUCCAAACGACGCCAACGAAGGAGAUGACGGCUUCGAGGACAAGAACCGCAAGGUUAUGCGGCGUCUUGAACAAGGAGACCAGGUCCAAGCCGUGUACAACAUCUCGCGCAUCGUCGGCCUUGAGGGAUGUGAGGGUAUCCUUAUCAUUGGCAAGGAUGCCUUGUAUAUCAUGGACAACGUGUUUCAGUGUGCAUCUGGCGAGAUUGUCAAUGCCUGGCAAGCUCCUCCAGAGGAGCGAGACCCCUUCUCGGAGAUCAUUACGGACGCCAAAACGACAGAGCAACGCCAGAGUUCAAGCCGAAGUGAACAAGAAUCCCGCAGCUGGAGAUGGCACGAUGUGAUCAGUAUCUCCAAGAGAAGAUUCCUGUUCCGGGAUGUCGCUAUCGAGGUCUUCUUCACAGAUGGACGCAGCUACUUACUGACGUCCAUGAACCCGAUUCUGAGAGACGAGGUCUUUGGCAAGCUGAUGAACAAGGCUCCGCACACAAACUCCGCCAGUUCACUUCCCAACCCUGAGGAUGCCUGGCGCCUUGAAGCGUUGAAGGUCUCCGAGGAAAUGCCUCAAGGCUUUGGUUCGAAGUUUGGAAGCAUCUUCAACUCCACGCCCUGGAACCCCGCCAUGAAGAAGUGGCAGAAGGGAGAGAUGUCCAACUUCCACUACCUCAUGCUGGUCAACACGAUGGCAGGACGUACGUUCAACGACUUGACCCAGUACCCAGUCUUCCCUUGGGUCCUCGCAGAUUAUACGAGCGAGGAGCUCAAUCUGAACGAUCCGGCAACCUUCCGAGACCUCUCAAAGCCGAUGGGUGCCCAGACGGCUGGCCGUGUUUCCGGGUUCAGGGAGUCGUACGAUGCACUGGCAGAGAUAGGCGAAACUCCGUUUCACUACGGCACCCACUACUCUUCAGCCAUGAUUGUGUCGUCAUAUCUCAUUCGCCUUCCGCCCUUCGUUCAGUCUUACAUCCUCCUUCAAGGUGGAUCGUUUGACCACGCCGACCGUCUGUUCCAGUCAAUUCCUCAUGCGUGGAAGUCUGCCUCGUGCGACAACAAGGCCGAUGUCAGAGAGCUGAUUCCGGAGUUCUUCUGUCUCCCAGAAUUCCUGACAAACAUUAAUCAGUAUAACUUUGGCAAUCGUGAAAGCACAGGAGCAAAGGUCAAUAAUGUUGUCCUGCCUCCCUGGGCCAAGGGUGACCCUAAGAUAUUCAUUGCCAAGCACCGCGAAGCACUUGAAAGUCCCUACGUCAGCCAGCACCUGCACAACUGGAUCGACCUCAUAUUUGGGUAUAAGCAGAGAGGGGAUGCAGCUGUAGACAACCUUAAUGUUUUCCAUCAUCUCUCGUACCGUGGAGCUACGGACCUGGACAAUAUCAGCGAUCCUCAGGAAAGGCGCAUUACUGCUGGCGUCAUCCACAACUUUGGUCAGACUCCGCACCAGGUGUUCACUCGGUCUCAUCCUGGUCGCGAGCACUUUUCUUGCCCGAUACGGCGAUUGGAUACCUCGGUUUAUGCCUUGACUAGGCUAUCCCACCCCUUGCUCGACCGCCUCAUAUGCGCCUCACCUUUCCGCCUGAAUGUUGCUCCGUACGACAAGUUCCUCGAAUGGGGCUAUGCCGAUAACAGUGUCCGCUUCUUUUUCAGCGACAACCGGAAGUUAUCUUGCGCCAUCUUUGCAGAUUCCAAGACGCUCAUCACAGCGGGAGAGGACUGCGUCAUCUCCGUAUACGCUGUGCAGACAGCGCCUGGGAAAGUAGUCGAUCUUUUGCCUCGGUCAUCACUCUUUGGUCACCGGGCUCCAGUGACAAGCAUAGCCGUGUCCAAAUCCUUCAGCACGUUUGUGUCAGCGUCGACGGAUGGCCAGGCUUUCCUCUGGGAUAUCAAUCGUCUAGAGUUCAUCCGCAAGUUGCCUCUCUCGCGGCCCGUGGAGUGCGCCCGCAUCAAUGACGUCUCUGGCGAGAUCAUGCUCGGAUCCGGCCCCAACGUCAUCUUAUACACCAUCAACGGCACAGUCCUCAUCGACCAGAACGUGUGCGCUGAACCAGACGACUACGUUCACUCAUGUGCCUUUUACGAAAGCGCUGGCGACGAGUGGGUUGAGAAUUGCCUGAUCUUCACCGGCCACAAGAGAGGUCGUGUGAACGUUUGGAAGAAGUGCGUCAAGAACGGGAAGUGGGUAUUAGAGCUGCUCCGCCGCUUGGACCAUACCGAUCCACGAUCAGAAGUGGGAGCCAAUUACGACGCAGGCAUUACUUGCAUCACGCCCAUGCCACAAUGCGUCUACACAGGAGAUGAUGAUGGGCGAGUGUACGAGUGGAACCUUGUCCAGCGAGACAGAUAG